UACUAUUUUGUUUUCAUUACAACUUAUCGUUGCGGUUUUCACCCACACUCGAGCCUCUACUUUUUUUUAGCUUAAUUACUUUAUUUAUAGCCUUACUAUAUUAAUGAGUUGCUGUGCCGGUUUUUUACUUUCCCGAGUGAGUGGUUGUUUUAAUUCUGCAGUUUAUAACGUUUGCUGUCGUCCCUGUGGCAUAAGCUCAUCAAAGGCAACUAGAAUUGCUUACGCCAUAGUUUUUCUUCUGUUCGUAAUUUUAGCUCGUCUUAUGUUAAUAGAUCAAGCUAAAAUUUUCUUAUUAAAAAUAAAGCCUUUAACGGAAGAGAUAUCUUCAAAGGACCUUACCAAGUUAGUUGGCUUCUCUGGCGUUUUUCGUGUAUGCUGGGCUAUUUCUAUAUAUUUUUUUACCAUGUCAAUUAUAAUGAUUGGCGUCAAAAAUAGCAAAGAUAUUCGUAAAGGCUUUCAAAAUGGGUGGUGGUCUUUCAAAAUAUUGUUUAUCUUUGGCCUUCUAAUUUGUGCUUUUUUUCUUCCCAACCGUUUUAUGUACGCCUGGAGCAUAAUUGGCGCUAUCGGCGCAAGUUUCUAUAUUUUAAUUCAAAUUGUGUUGUUGAUUGAUUUUGCUUAUUGUGCUCAAGCUUACUUAAUAGAGAAGUGGGAAUCAAGUGAGAGUAAAAAAUGGAUUAUAGUCUUACUCUCUGUCACUUUCGGAUUAUUUAUUUUUUCGAUUGUCAUAACUUCGCUGAUGUAUAUCUAUUUCACCGAUUCUUCUUCAAGAGAGCUGUCUCUUAUUUUUAUAAGCCUUAACAUUUUUCUAUCAACUUUUAUUUCAGCUAUAUCCGUAGUUCCGAAGUUCCAAGAGGCAAAUAUUCGAGCUGGAUUGCUGCAAGCCGCUUUGAUCACUGCAUAUUCUACUUACCUUGUUUUUUCCGCUGUUUACACAAUACCGCUGCGCAAGUUUGAAAAUUUAUCGGAUGCACAACAUAAGUUGAAGGAUUUCGCUAAAUAUGCUGGAGAAUCUUUUACUUUUAUUGCCAUCGCCUACUCCACCGUACGAACAUCCGAGUACUCAUCCAUGUCAGCUUUGGGCGUCAAAAGUUUCGAUGACGAAGACUUUCCAUUAGCUCAGGGGCAUGACAGAGGCGAUAGUGGCGACGAUGAACUUGAAGGCUGCCGAUACAACUGGUCCUUUUUCCAUUGGACAUUUGCACUGGCCUCGCUGUAUGUCAUGAUGCUGCUGACGGAUUGGGAUCAGAUCGCCUUCCACACGGACGGCACUCUGAACCUUUCACAAGGUGUUAUGGGGACCGUAUGGGCGAAGGUCGUCACCUCUUGGGUCGCCUUGCUUUUAUAUGGUUGGACUGUUGUAGCUCCUUCCGUUCUAAAGAACCGGGACUUUACCUAACAGUGGAAAAGU